AUGUCGUCUUCAGACGAGGAGGGGUCAGGGGAAGAGUACCUGUUUAAGAUCGUGAUAAUUGGAGACUCGGCGGUCGGGAAAUCGAACUUGCUGUCUCGCUAUGCGCGCAACGAGUUCAAUGCGCACUCCAAGGCCACAAUUGGGGUGGAGUUUCAGACACAGAGCAUGGAAAUCGAUGGCAAAGAGGUCAAGGCUCAGAUUUGGGACACUGCUGGCCAAGAGCGCUUCAGGGCUGUCACCUCUGCCUACUACCGUGGCGCUGUUGGAGCUCUCAUUGUCUAUGAUAUCACUCGCAAGACCACUUUUGAGAGCGUUGGUCGCUGGCUCGAUGAGCUCAAGACCCAUUCGGAUACAACUGUGGCAAUGAUGUUAGUGGGCAACAAAUGUGAUUUAGAGAAUAUUAGGGAUGUCAGUGUUGAGGAUGGUAAAAGCCUUGCUGAAGCAGAGGGGUUGUUCUUCAUGGAGACAUCUGCCCUGGACUCAACAAAUGUUAUAAAGGCAUUUGAGCUUGUUAUUCAAGAAAUAUAUAACAAUGUCAGCCGGAAGGUCUUGAACUCAGACACUUACAAAGCAGAAUUAUCCGUCAACAGGGUAAGCCUCGUUAAUAACGGGGCAGACGGAUCAAAGAAAAGUCAGGGCUACUUUUCUUGCUGUUCCGGGUGA